GUAUUGCUAUAAUCAAUUUACAGUGGAUACCGGCAACCUUGAGAGUGUACGAAGCAGCACGACAGACAUACUUUAUAAAAGUGUGAUCGUGGACUAUUUGCUAGCAUUCAUCAGUGUUCGUUUGAGAGAAAACAUUCGCCAUGGAGAACGACAGACGUGAGAACACAGUGUAUCAUUCUAGCGACAGUAACCAGCAGUCACUGCUAGCGGCACUCAAUAGAUUCGUGCAGGCUGUAAAUGCAAUGGACGACACGGUUAUGAUACCAUGCCGGCUUCGAGACAUGGAAGUCACAGCUAGGCCUGAAAUAACAGUGGAAAAUAACAACAAAGCUGUUUUACCCACGUUACCUGCCGGAGCGGACUUGUACAGUUUCUACUCAAUGCUGAACGCUAUCAAACAGGAGAUAAUCACGGGCCCCCCGGCCGGUGUGAGCGAAGAGGCAACGAAAGAAGAAAGCGAGUCGGACGAUAAUGGCAACAAUUCAAGAAAAACGGCAGCUGCAUUUAGACAUCACUUGAAAGGUCUGUUCGAUUUGUUGCAUCAUUUGACAGAAACCGCUAGAUAUUUGUCUAGCAGGUAUGAGAACGAUGUCACGCAAACUUCGUCAGUUUCAUCGUUUGCGCUGUGAGGAUUUUGGAAGGUAUGUGUGUGUUUGGAAUCUGCAGAACAUUAUCAUAAUGGGAAGCGAGGCGAUCGAACGCAACUGACGGAGGGCGACGUCGCUAGGCGAACAAAUGCAAAACAUUGCAAUUGAAUAGACAGACGCCACCCGAUGUGUCCUGCAUGGUAGCGAGGUGCUAUGCAACGCCGCUAUUAACUCCGGCAUCAACAAUCGGCACGCCCCAGAUACACGCCACGAUAUCUCGGUAUAGUUUUAGGACGCGAACCAAGUGUGCAGCCAGCAGAACAUCUCCUCCUAUGAACUGACGAAACGAAAUAAUUCAAAGGACUGGUGUUGUAAUAUCUAAAAACUUAAUUUGUAUAUUUUUUAUUCCGUGCAGUUGGUUUCAUUAAUGAAUUGUUUUGAAACAUUUUAUGUAUAUUAUUUGGAAACGGAUAUGAUGAAAUUCCCACGUUUGUGUGAUCGGGUGUAAAGGAAGUAUUUUUCUAGAACGUUUUGUGAUGGAGUCGAGGUCGUGUCUGUGGUGGUGUUGGGCGACACAGAAUCGUGACACAGAACUGUGUUCCAGAUGGACUCGGUCCUAUAGUGUAAUGUGUGUUGAACAAACAUUUAGAACAAUUUCACUGCAGGCGUGUUCCCGCACUGGUUGAACAGGGCGGGUUGAACUGUUUUCUGUCUAGAACAUGCUCAACUGCUGGUAUGGUUGAUUCGUAUACACUGACGUUUGGCAGAGUUUCCAGGAGAACAGUUGACACUUGCAUAUAUUGAGGAUUAAAUGGUUCGGUGUUAAAACCGAUGCCAUGGUAACUAUUUGUUUGGAAUGGUUUCUGAAAGCAGUUUAUAAAUUGAAAAUUGCUGUAAAUUUCGUUGUUUUCAACUUGAUUCAAACCGUUGCCAUGGCUACAGCACUAUCCAUCUCACUGAAUAGUUUAUCAUAUGUUGUAACUCGUGUACAGCUUGCGGUCAGACGACGGUGGGAGUAGCCUUGUGGUUAAAGCGUCCGCUCGUCACGCUGAAGACCCGGGUUCGAUUCCCCACAUGGGUACAGUGUGAAGCCCAUUUCUGGUGUCCCCCGCCAUGAAAUUGGUGGAAUAUUCCUAAAAGCGGUGUUAAACCAUACUAACUAUUCGGGCAGACAUAUUUUACACAACACCUGAACUCACUAAUGUGUCCGUGUUUGAAUCAGCCAUACUGAACCGUUUAGACAGUCGUGAAGUAAACGUGUAUUACACUGUCGUAUGUACAUAUACAGUAAUUUAUGAACCAUGGGUGUGUCCGAUUGGUCAGUGUGGACUGGUCAGUGCGACCAGCGCCCUUCUGGAUGUAUCUUUAUCUCAGGCUUGUGCAAUCCCGGUGAUGUGGAGCCGCAACUCGUCUCAUUAAUUCCAUUUGUAAAUAAAUAUUUUGAACGAAA